CUUUACCGUUGCCUCUGCAAUCUCCAGAGAUGGUCAUUCGUCUACACCCUCAGUUCUGGAUCAGCCUAUCAGCGUGAGUCUGUGGAGGUGCCGGGGCCUCAGACACAAGGAGGUGUCCUUAGAAGUCCAUGGAAAAAUCACUGAAGAUGAGUUUACCAUUACUUCCCAUGUGUGGUCCUGAUCUGGCGGGGCCCUCCUUGUGUUCACUCACACACGUGGGUCUCCUCUGGGCCCCGGUGGUGACCAAGGGGGCUGGGGAUCAGGGCCCUCCAUCUCCUGCUGGGGCAGACCUGGAGCCCUCCCCAGGUGACGCAGCGAAGCCGACGCCUUUUGCCUUUGCUGGCAGAAAGUUCAGCAAUCCUUGGUCACCCCCUGCCCUGCCUGGUUAAGGUUAAAAGCAGUGUUUCCUCUCCUGGGCCUCAGGGCCGCCUCCUGCUGGGCUUUAUUGCUUUCUUGACACCCUUGGGAGCCUCUGUAGCCCUUUAAAAUGGGCAGAGCCUGUAGUGGGCUGGCAGCCCCGGUCCUGGAGAUAAGAGUGUCCUGUCCUGGAGAGCAGGUGCGGGUUUUCCAGCCAGCGCAGGCCAGAGUCCCGUCCUGAGUCACCUCCGCCCUGAUGUCUGCAGAGGCAGCUGCAUCCAUGUGUGACCUGGAGUUUGGUGGCGUCAAGGUGAAGGAGCCCAGCGAGGGAGGCAGGUGGCGUGGGUGCUGGUACGAGCGGUUUGUGCAGCCCUGCCUGGUUGAACUGCUGGGCUCUGCCCUGUUCAUCUUCAUCGGCUGCCUGUCGGUCAUCGAGAACGGGACCGACACUGGGCUGCUGCAGCCGGCACUGGCCCAUGGGCUGGCCCUGGGCUUGGUCAUCGCCACGCUGGGGAGUAUCAGUGGUGGACACUUCAACCCUGCGGUGUCCCUGGCAGCCAUGCUGGUCGGAGGCCUCCACCUGAUGAUGCUGCUUCCCUACUGGAUCUCCCAGCUGUGUGGGGGGCUGAUUGGGGCUGCCUUGGCCAAGGCGGUGAGUUCUGAGGAGAGGUUCUGGAACGCGUCUGGGGCAGCCUUCGUGACAGUCCAGGAGCCCAGGCAGGUGACGGGGGCAGUGGUGGCAGAGAUCAUCCUGACGACACUGCUGGCACUGGCUGUAUGCAUGGGCACCAUAAACGAGAAGGCGCAGGGUCCUCUGGCCCCAUUCUCCAUCGGCUUCUCUGUCACCGUGGACAUCCUAGCAGGGGGAGCUGUGUCUGGAGCCUGCAUGAAUCCUGCCCGUGCCUUUGGACCGGCUGUGGUGGCCAACCAUUGGGACUUCCACUGGAUCUACUGGCUGGGCCCGCUCCUGGCCAGCCUGCUUGUAGGAGUGCUCAUCAGGUAGGAAUGUGACACAGGGUCAUGGCCCAUCUGGUGGCCAUGGUGACAGUUCCUAGAACAUCCAGGUCUAGAGGGCUAGGGUCUCGCUUGGGUUUGGAGAAGAGAAGAGGAAGCCUUCUUCAGAGGCAAAGAUUAUGGCUCUGGGACCUUUGGUGGCAAGUGACAGAAAUCCAUCUGAACAAAGCUUUCAUCAUAAAGGGGAACUCAUUGGCUCACAUAAUUGAAAAGUUCACAAGUGGCCCUGGCUUUGGUGGGAGCUCAGACAGUGUCUUCAGGGCUUGGUCUUUUUAGGCUCUACUGUCCUCUGGGUAGAUUUCAUGCUUGGAUAGGCUCUCCAGUAGAGGCAAAGAUGCCCACCAGGCACUCCAGACUUACAUCCUAGCAGGUUAAUAGCUGGAAACAGAGGAAACAGAACAACAGCUCUUACAAAGGUCCUGGCUCUGCUGUUCUCUGAGUUGGACUGGUCCAACUUGGGCCAUGUCUACCUCUGAAUCGAUCUCUGUAGCCAUGGGGCCAGGCACUCUUAUUGGCUAUGUCUGGAGCAUGAAUCUUAUCCUGGAGUUGGGGUGAGGUCAGCCUCAUCUGAACAACUGUAUGGACUGAAAGUAGGGGAGAAAUAGCUCCCCACAGGGGUGUUGUACAACUCAAGGGACCCUGUCCACAUAGAACACCAUGUUAGUGGUGUCCCCAAGAGCAUGCAUGUCAUGAGAUGCCAAUCACAUAAGACACAAUGUGAGCAGUGCUCCCUGGAGCUGGGCAAUGGGUAAGAAGGUUGAUAGUGUUAUCAGAAGGAUAAUAUCCGCUUGACUGCUUCUCCUCCAGCUCUCUUCUUGUGAACCUCAAGGAUCCAGAGUGUCCUUCCUUUCUACUCCAGGUUGUGCAGGGAUACAAGUAGGUACAGUGCCCGCUGUCUGGACGAGGACAGGCACUGGGCUGAGCUGGUCUAGACUGCUUGCAUCACUGCCUGUCUGCAGUCCUGGCUUAGCCUACAGAUUAGUGAAAAGCAUCACAAGUAAUUCUCUGAUGCUUUCAGAAUGGUAGAGAUGGGGAUCUUCAGGAAAAGGGUUAGAGACCCAACAGGAAAGAGUUUCUCCCUCUCCCCAGGGAGAUCUGGCUCUUGAGGCU